UUAGAAUGCGACUCAAUGGAUACGGCUUGACUGUCAAGUAUACGAAUAUUCAGACGAACACUUGCUCCGAAUGCACUCGGCAGCGUUUUGAGGGAAUGUGCGAUGUUGUAUCAGGUAACAAAGGCAAGGACAUCACACGUAAAUCGUAGCGAGCUUUCACGAAGGGCACCGAGCAGAACAUGAACUCAGAAUCUCUACGGCAGCAUUGUGUAUUACUAUGAUGAAAGAUGCCAAUUCUUAAGGAGCAGUGCUUCUGUUGAAGUGGUUCUGGCUCAAGAGGCCUCCUAAAGCACAAUGAAAGCCAUUGUAUCAUUCAUACUGAUCAUACUGCUAUGUAGCAUAAGCUUAGCCUCUGUCAAUGCUGAUAGGAUAUGUGCCAGUAAAAAGAAAAAUUCUGAAACUCCAUCCUUGAAACAGAACUCAGCAGUUGUACCUGAAGAUAUAUCCAUUGACCAUAAUUCAAGUCAUAUAAUAGUGGAUGAAGAUGUUAAAUUUGAAACAUGUAAUCAUUUCUGCCACGCCUUGUGGCAAGAAGAUAAAAAUGGCACUGAAAUUAUCAUAUUGUCUCAAGGUUGCUGGAAGCAGUCUGGUGACCAAAAAUGUGAAAAUACAGAAUGCAUUGCACUUCCAUCAACAAAAGCUUUGAACAAUACAAAAUUUUGUUGCUGCCGUGGUGAUUAUUGCAAUCUUAAUAUUAACAGUUCCAAAACAAAUUAUUCAGACAACAAAAUACUCAAUCCUCUUUCUUCACAAAAGUGUCAGCCAACUACAGAAUAUCUGGAACAGUCAAACUCUGAACAACGGUUGUUAAUUAUAGUGAUCUUCAUCACAAGUCCACUACUAUUUAUAUUUAUCAUAGUACUUCUAUACAAAGUGUGUCGUAACAAAAUUUUAGCGGGUUUAGGAAAAUCAUCACUUUAUAACGAUCAGUUUAUGGACAGUACAGCAUUAAGAACUGGUACUUACACAGUCGAUCACUUGAAACUCGCGACUAUCGUAGGUCAAGGAAGAUAUGGAUCAGUUUGGCAGGGCAGUAUGGGAGACCAAGAUGUCGCAGUUAAAAUAUAUCCUUCGCACUAUCGCAAUUAUUUUCAAAAUGAAAGAGACACUUACUGUUUACCUUUUAUGGAGCAUCCAUCAUUGUUAAGCUACUACGGUACAGACGAGAGAAUAAGUAUGGAAGGUAGUGUCGAAUAUCUUUUGGUACUCAGUUUUGCCCCAGGUGGUAGUUUAACAGAUUUCUUACGAACACAUACCACUGACUGGAGCACAUUUUGCAAAAUGAGUCUUUCCAUAGUUAAGGGACUUGCUUAUUUGCAUACAGAUAUACGCAAAGGCGACAAGUUCAAGCCGUGUAUUGCGCAUAGAGAUAUAAAUUCGAGGAAUAUAUUAAUCAAAGCUGAUGGUACAUGCUGCAUCUGCGAUUUAGGAUUAGCAGUUCAAAUCUCUGGUUCGAAAUAUUAUUCUAAUGGAGAAGAGCAGCAUGCUGAAUUAAAAUCAAUCAAUGAUGUCGGCACGCUGCGGUACAUGGCACCAGAAGUGUUGGAAGGUGCUGUUAAUUUGCGCGACUGCGAAAGUUCAUUAAAACAGAUAGACGUUUAUGCGAUGGGAUUGGUCCUUUGGGAACUGGUUACAAGAUGUUCCGAUAUUUAUAUUCCUGGAUCAGAAGUACCGCAAUAUAAACAGCCAUACGAAAAUGAAAUAGGACUUCAUCCCACGUUUGAGCAGAUGCAGGUCUUGGUAUCGCGCAACAAAGCUAGACCUCUUUUAGAGGGUAAUUUAGUAGAUAGACCAGGAGUGCGUUUGAUCAGAGAGACUAUGGAAGAUUGCUGGGACGCCGAUGCAGAAGCGCGUCUAACCGCUUUGUGUAUAGAAGAGCGUCUUUCAGAAUUACAGUCUCAUCGUGUGACGAUGCACUUUAUCGAUGGAAGUCCGAUGGUUAAUUCCCAUUGCACCUUAGUGCCUUCGACGACGAACAGUCUUUAUAGCGAAUCGUCGCAUCAUGACAAUGUACACGUUGUACAACUCGCGUUGAAUAUGAUACAAGAUGGUAACGCUAAUGAAAAUGCGGUAGCUGACAAUUUAGUUACAUUAUCGCCGUCUGACAGUGUCGCUCAUGAACACAGUUUUAAAAAUUCCAACGAGAUAGCAACAUAUAAUCAUACUCAAACGCUUCAGCCGUAUCAGGGCAGAAAUCCGUGUAUGGAGAGAAAUUUAAUGCUGCAAUCGGAUUCUUUGGAGGAUCUGAGUUGUAACGGCAACGUUCUCGUUGACAAAUCGCUGAAGCAUGCGUGCAAUGAUCAAUAUAGGACCGCCACGGAGGCGCAAGGUCUGGUCUCACAUGAUUACUUAAGCCAGCACACUACGCAAUUAACGCAGCUCAGGCCAGCGACGCCUAUACCGUAUGUGCAAAAUGUCAUCUCCGAUGAAGGGACACCCUCGUACGGCAAACGUAAGCAAACGAACAUACAAGACUCGUCGCUUCAAGAAAGCCCGCGGAAGAAAUUGUUCGCUUGGCCCAACUUAAAGAAGUUACUCAUCAAUAAGAAGAUGUACCCGUACAGCAGAUACCAAAUCGACAGAGAAGACUCCAAGUCGAAUCUGCUAACGAAGCAAAAUGUCCAGAUUAAAACUGUCGAGACGAACGUGACGAUUUCGCCGGGAGGGAAAUACGUUAAUGGUAUCAUUGGUAAGACAUCCACCUCGGCUGUGGCAGUGGAGAAGAACGACAAGAAUGCCGUACAAACGGGAAAGCAAAAGCAAUACGAGGACGACAACGCGACAUCGAACAUGCGUCCCUCCACCUUGCCGCUCGUGAGCUUGAGAAAUAAAAAACUGGAGAAUAAUCUCAAUAGGCAGCAGAGCAUCGACAAAUUCAACGAAGUUUUCAACGUGGGCUCGAACGUGAACAACGCGCUGAAAGAUCCGCAUAUGAGAAUAAAAACGCCCGGCGAUCUGCCGCCGUCUGUCAGGAAAAUACGCGGUCGCACGCAGUCAACGGCAAGAUUUUCUCUCUACGAUGAUCGUAUGAUGUGCAAUAUCCUUAGCGAGGAGGAUGAUCGUAGCGACAAAGCCAUUUGGAAUUCUGUGCCAUUCGGUAUGGAUCUCGGUGAUAACGACGGAAAGCAGUCGCCAACGAAAUUCGGUACCAAAAAUGUUACGUGCUUUUAAUCAGAUAUAAUACUAACGUGUUUGUAAAGUCCUUUAUGUUUAUAUAAUUUAGUCAAGAGAAGAAGAAAAUUGCGGCUGUAGAAUAUCUUCAGCUUAAAUUUAUGUACAGAAUUUGUGUAUAAGAAUAAGUAAGAAUUUUGUACUCAAUGCAAAUAUACAUUGCUACUACAGAGCAAAUAAUAAUGAAAUCAGGUAAAACACAGAAUAACUAAGAAAAGGGGGGGAGGGAGAACAAGAAAAUUGAUAUUCCAAGGAUAAUCUGUACGGGAUGUGU